UCGCAUUUUGCAAGUUGAAUUGGCUCGGUUAGGUUCGGUUUGUGAACACCCCGUCCAACCGCUUGCUCUCUAGCAUGGACUGUAACGCCCACCAAACAAUAACCAUACCCAAUUCAUCAAUUUCGUAUCUCCAUUGAUCAAAUUUGUCAACAAUGGCAUUGCAGCAGGCAUUUAUCUACCCAAUGCAAGUGACUACUCCCCUCUCACGUGCCAACACAACAUGGAUCAAUCUCCACCGUCCAUCAGCAUCACUACUAUUUCGAGUUUCCCGGCCGCCCAUGUCGCCAGUCGUCCGGUCACUCCCUACCGUGAAGAGCUGCAGUGGGUUAUCAUUUCUUGAUAUCAGAGGCGGUAAAGGAAUGAAUAGUUUUGUUGGUGUUGAGCUAAAAGUGCGUGAUUAUGAGCUUGAUCAGUACGGAGUUGUCAAUAAUGCUGUCUAUGCCAGUUAUUGUCAGCAUGGUCGUCAUGAACUUUUGGAGAGGAUUGGGGUCAGUGCUGAUGCUGUUGCUCGCACAGGUGAUGCAUUGGCACUCUCCGAGUUGUCACUCAAGUUCCUUGCACCUCUAAGAAGUGGAGACAGGUUUGUUGUAAAGGUGAGGAUCUCUGGCUCCUCAGCUGCCCGCUUAUACUUUGAUCACUUCAUCUUCAAGCUGCCAAAUGAAGAGCCUAUUUUGGAAGCAAAAGCCACAGCAGUAUGGCUUGACAAAAAUUAUCGUCCUGUCCGUAUUCCAUCUGAUAUGAGGUCUAAAUUGGUUCAGUUUCUCAAACACGAGGAGUCUAAUUAGCUUUACCAUUAUAAUAAUUUGGAAAAUGGAUGGCUGACUAACCAUAGUCAUUGUGGUUAGCAAAAACGGCGUCUCAACAUAUACAAAAUUACGUUUAGGAUUGGGAAACUUCAGCUUGAAAAUGGAAUGGAAAAAUACAGAGUUCAUCAUAUUUGUUGAGUUCUUUAUGUUUCUAUCCUCAAUGCAAACACCUUUCUUAUGCACAUUCUGAAAAAAAUGUAAAUUCCUAUUAAUCCUUCUCUUCCUAAAUGUUGGAAAGGCUUGAACAUUAGUAAGAUGUCUGGGCUUCUUUCCCCUUUGCGAUAAUAUCCUCUUUACUCGACACCCUGAAUUGAUAGGCAUUCCCACUUGAAGAGUAGAUAUCCAAGUGUGUAUCUUUGAUGGACUGGAAGAAGAAAUUUCAUUUCUACCUAACCCUUAUCAGGGCUUUCAGAAA